UUCUUACUCCAUCCACUUUCUCUUUCGUCGUUUUAUGUACACAUCAUUUUAUCAUUUAAUUUCGACAGACGUAUAUAGAUACAUUCAUUCAUCCCAUAUUUAUUUACAGAGCGAAAGAAUGGGGAGGAUUCCGGUGAGGUUUGAGAGGGUGGCGGCAGCCUUCGAAGCUGACGUGGCACGUGUGAGGCCAUGCGAGAGCGGUGGCGGUGGCGGUGGCGAAACUGAGCACUCGCCGGAGGAUCUGAGUGAUCUGUCGGACCUUGUGAAAUCCUUCAUGGAGAAGAAGGAAGAGGAAGAAGAUGCUAUUGGUUUUGUUUGGGAUGAUGGAGACGAGGAUUUGGAGUGGUUUGAUUCUGAGAAGAGGGAGAUCCUUCAAAUAAUAUUCAGUAACGAUGGCGGCGAUGAUGAUGAUGCCAAACGAUUAAUUAGGAGAGAAAUUGAACUUGUGAUGAACCUCGUUGCGGAAAACGAGAAAUCGGCACCGGAAUUCAAACGACAAUUGAUGUCUCGAAUGCGCGAGAGAGGUUUGGAUGCUGGGCUUUGCAAAUGCAAGUGGGAGAGAAACAGAAGAUUCCCAGGUGGUGACUAUGAGUAUAUUGACGUAAAUUAUGCAGGAAAUCGGUACAUUGUUGAAAUCUCCCUUGUGGCGGAAUUUGAAAUAGCUCGUCCCAUAAGCCAUUAUUGUUCAUUACUUGACGUUUUCCCUGAAAUAUUUGUUGGGAAAUUGGAAGAGCUGAAACAGGUUGUGAGGCUAAUGUGCAGUGCUAUUAAGAGCUCUAUGAAAAGCAUAGAGAUGCAUAUACCUCCAUGGAGAAGAAUCGGGUACAUGCAAGCAAAGUGGUUUAGUUCUUAUAAAAGAAUAACUGAUGAGGUUGCAACUAAAAGAACAUCAUCAUCAUCCCCUUUAUCCAGUACCAAAUCUAUUGGAUUUGACGCAAGACCACUGAAAUCGUACAAUUGUAGAGAUGAUUUCGUGAGUAAACCUGCAUUCGGAAUUUGCCUUUUGACCAAUGCAUUUUAUGCUGAUGGCCCUGGGAUGUUACUGUAGUCAAAUUACUCUGUGAGCUUUUUGGUGAUUGUUGUUGACAAAUGACUGAGUGCAGACUUAGUAGGUCGGGGACAGAAAGGGCUUAAAAAUUUUCUGGUCACCCACGUAACAACAGAGGUUCUAUUAUAAAAAUGGGUUCUAAUAUAUUAACUUCUUUGACAGUAUUGUUUUUAAAAAUUCUUACGAAUACUACUUUUUUUUUGUUCGUAU